AUACUGGUUAUUUCUGAGCUGUGCAUUAUUGAAGCAAGUCCUUGGCCUUUUUCUCCUCUUGGUUUUCAUUGGUGUUGGUGGCUUUCUAAUAUUAGCACUUGUAAUUCAUCUAGUUUUUAAGUCUGAUUUGAGCAGUUGUUUGGUACGUGGUUGUCAGUUUCUCACUUCAUAUAGUUAUAGCAAAAUUCUUGUUUAAAAAAAAAAAAAAAAAAACACUACACUUCACUUAUUCCGAUUUAAAAUAAUUUUAAAAUUCUAUCGUAUCUCACAUUCCACUUACUUAGCAACUAAACCUAACUGCUUUUUAAUCAAUUGUAAUCAAAACACACACUUUUUACGUUAAGAUUUAAACAUGUCGUACCCAAUUAAAUAUUUGUCACUACAAAAAGCUGAGCUUGAAUAUGAGGUGAUCCUUAGAGGUGGUUCAACUGGUUCGGUGCAGGACCUCCGAAGCCAGAUAGUAAAAUUGGCCAUACCUCCUGAGGACAUUUUGGAAUCACAUUUAGAGCCUGCGGUUGACCUUGAUGCUGUUAAAGACAGUCUAACAAAAUCCCAAACGAUGCUAGCAUCCCUCAAAUCUAAAUUUGAUAAGACCCUGUUCUUGCGUACCGAAAAUCUACUACACCACAUAUAUCACAGAUUAAGGCGUAUCUCAAACGUUAGUGCCACGUUAGUUGACCAGCAAAAAAAUUAUUGCACUACCUUUAACAACCAAUACAAAGAAAUUACGACGUUGAGGCCGGCAUCAACCUCAAAUGCAAAUGCAGUCUCAGUUUUGGAACCUGAAGCUACGACGGUACUCCACUGUGAUCGUAACCUGACUUCUGACUUGGCAAAACUAAAGUACUCUGGAAAAGCCUGCGUUUUUUCUUUCAUUCAAAGAGUUGAAGAAUUCGUAGAGGUUAGGAAUAUAUCAAAGGAUCGUGUAUUGAAGUUUGCCUACGAGAUUUUCACUGAUGACGCAUUACAUUGGUUCCGUUGCAAUAAAGAAAGUUUUCAAAGCUGGGAUGAUGUCGUCGUCCUAUUAAAAAAAGACUUUAGUCCAAAGAAUUACGACUAUCGCCUGACUAAUGAAAUAAAAUAUCGUACGCAAGGGGAACAAGAAAACAUUUCUAUUUACUUGUCUAUUAUGCAUGGCAUGUUUUCGCGAUUGGUUAAACCGUUGUCUGAGGAAGAAAAACUCGAAAUUAUCUUACAUAACAUCCGGCCAUGUUAUGCCAGCACCCUAGCCGCUUCACCUGAGAUCAAGGACCUAAAGACAUUAAAAACCCUUUGCACAAACUAUGAGGACAUUCAGUCACGCUUAUCCUUGUUUCAUGAACCGCCUAGGGUGACUUCUGAGACUCUAGCCCCAGAAUUUGCCUACACUAAAUAUCAUAAAAAUAAUAUCUACUACACAAAUAAAAACUACCAAAAUACAAAUUCAAAUGAAAAACAGAAAAACUACUAUAAUCAAAACAAAUAUCCUAACUACUCGAGCUCUUACAACUACAACAAAUCUAAAACUACAGAGGAAAAGCCUACUACUACUAAUGCUGUACAAGCGACAGCAAACAGUACAAAAAAUGUCAACACUGCUAGUAACUCGCGUAAGUACUGUCCUAGGUGUCGCACUGAUACACACUCUUUGAAAGAAUGCAAACAGCCACACUUCCCUAUCUGUUUUAAAUGUGGUAAUAAAGGUGUACGCUAUCCUGAUUGUAAAUCCUGUAAUCCUAAAGAUCCAAAAAACUAA